AUGCCGUUCGUCUCAAUUCGCAAUGUAUGGUCGCAAUUUUUCCCUCCGCCACCAGCAUUCACCGAGGAAAAUGUUUUAUCUCAAAAGGGCCGCGUAUUCAUUGUAACGGGAGGCAACACUGGAAUUGGCUUUGAAUUAUGCAAGAUGCUCUAUGGCACGGGCGCAACCAUCUACAUGGCCUCGAGGACACAAGCAAAGGCUGAGGCCGCGAUUGAGGCCAUCACGACUUCAUCACCAUCACCUGAUAACCCUGGGGAAUUCAAAUUCCUUCAUCUGGACCUUAGUGAUCUCCGAUCGGUGAAAAGAGCGGCUACAACGUUUGCCGAGCUGGAAUCAAAGCUGGAUGUUCUAUGGAAUAAUGCCGGGGCCGGCGCUAAUCUCGUACAAAUUGGUGACAGAACGGAACAAGGGCUUGAACCCAUGAUGGGCAUCCACUGCGUGGCCACAUUGCUGUUUAGUGAGCUUCUUCUUCCACAACUUCGCGCUUCCACGGCCUCCGGGGGCUCAGGCUCGGCCCGGGUCGUGUGGACUUCCAGCUACCUUGCAGAGGGCGCCACUCCGAAAAAUGGCAUCGACUUCAAUCACCUGGAAACUGGCACCCCUGACCGAACCCAGAACUAUGGCAUCUCGAAGGCAGGUACUUGGAUGCUCGGACGUGAAUUUGGUCGGCGUUAUGGCAAAGACGGAAUUAUGAGUGUUGUACAGAACCCUGGCAACUGUAAGGCUGGGACAUAUGGUGGGACGUCAGCGGUUGCUAUGCUUUUCGUCAACCCAUUGCUCCACGAAGUAAAACUUGGAGCCUACACAGAGCUGUAUGCUGGUCUCUCACCAGAGCUUUCCCAGGACGCCAACAACGCUUAUGUCAUUCCCUGGGGUCGGGUUCGAGCUGAGGAGACCUGUCCCCGGAAAGAUAUAAUCUACGCCAUGACUCCCACCGAACAAGGCGGCCAGGGAUACGGUACAAAGUUAUGGGAAUGGUGCGAGCAACAGUGGAAACCCUUCGUAUAA